AUGGAUGGGGGAGCAGGCCCCUACCCCUCGGAGUCCUCCACUAAGUGGCCGGCCAAUGCGGACGGCUACUCGCUACUGUCUCGCAUCGGGCAUGGAGCCUUUGCGACAGUGUAUAAGGCACGGGUCAAUCAGGGCCCUGCUGCGGGUUCCGAAGUGGCGGUGAAGGUCAUUGAGUUGGAGGAAUUUGCGGAUUCGAGCCUGGAAGAGAUCCGGCGAGAGCUGCAAAUGAUGAAGAUGUGUCGCCAUGAGAAUGUCAUUGCGUACCACGUGGCGUUCCCGGCCAAAAGACAGAUGUGGUUAGUAAUGCCUCUGCUGGAGGGUGGCUCCUGCGCUUAUGUGAUGAGGGCUACCUGCACUCAUAUGGGUUUCGAGGAUGAAAGCAUCAUUGCAUACAUCCUGCGGGAAACUGCCAAGGCCGUGAAGUACUUUCACGACAACAUGCAGAUUCAUCGAGAUCUCAAAGCAGGGAACAUCCUUCUCAGUUUGGAUGCAAAGGUAUUCCUGUCAGACUUUGGCGUCGCUGCGCCCCUCAGGGACGACAAGAAGCGACAAACUUUCGUUGGCACUCCCUGUUGGAUGGCCCCGGAGGUCUUAGAACAAACCAAUGGCUAUGACUACAAGGCAGACAUCUGGUCUUAUGGAAUCACGGCCAUUGAGCUGGCUAACGGAGAGGCGCCCUACCAAAGGAUGCACCCUCUGAAGGUCAUGAAAAUUAUCAUAGAGAAAGAUCCGCCCAAGGCGAACAGGAAACUCUCGCACCACUUCUUAGACCUCAUCGAAAUGUGUCUACAGAAAGAUCCGAAGAAGCGGCCGACCAUGGAAGAGGUCUGCGAUAGAAACGCCAAGUUUUUCCGAACGGCCGACGCCGAGCCCUUGAAGAAGCUCUUGAGUCGGUUACCGCCCUUGGACCAGAGGAUACCUCCGCAACCCAUCGCCAAAGAGGAGAAGGAGCCACGGGAGUCUGCGCCAAAGGAGCAAUGGGAUUUUGCCGUCGACGAUGGUGAUGAGUUUCCAGGGCUGAACGAAACUGAGAUGUGA